AUGGAGAUAUCUCCUGGAAUCUGGUUUUUAGUGCCGAACAAUGUGUCUGAUUGUAGCAAAUUUUCUAUUUAUAUUCCGAAUAAAAAGUGUGAGGAUAUGCUGCGAAGAGAUGAUUUAAAAAUAUACAAAUGUAAAAGCAUAGAUUUUGUUCGUAAUUUAAAAUUAGGUAGAUUGAAUUUAGAGUUGGGAGAACUUUUGAAUUUUUCGGAAGAUCAUAUAAAUUGGGAAAAAACUAAUGAUUUUGAAAUUAUUAAUGAGGAUAGAAAAUACCAUGUGGUUUUGAACAUAAAUAUAGAUAAUAAAUGCAAUGAGAAAUUAUUCAUGCUUUGCUUGGGAAAUGAUGACUAUCAUAUUAUUAAUAUUAAUGAAAUUCACAAUGACUUCUUUGAUUUUGGUUUGAAGAAUCACUUGAUUAAACUCAAUGUAAAAUUAAUAAGAGAUUUCCUUUUAAAAGGGUUGAAUAACAUAGAAUUAAAUGGGACACCAGGACAAAUUCAUUGUUUUGGGGAAAGAACUUUUGGACUGUUUUGUGGAAAAAAUCAUAAUAGAGGCAGUUUCAGUUGGUGUUCUGGAAUAUCUUUAUGCGGUGAUGGGGCAAUUUUAUCGUUCUCUCAUGAAAGUUUUUUGUUGGAAAGAAGUGGACAUGAGGUAUUAAAAGUUGUUCUGAAAAAUUUCUUUCAAUUCAAAGGCGAAACCAAAAAAGAGAAGUGUGUUGGGUUCUUAGGUUUUUCAGAUUAUGAUUCCUCAAACUUUAUUCGUAAUAUUAGCAAUGAUAACUUUAUUUAUUCUAGGGGUUCAUUAUUCGAAUCUGUUGAACUAAGUAACAUUGAAAAGAGUAUUAGUAAUCAUAAACUUGAUAUAAUAGUAAUUAACGGAAACAAAGAGCAAAAAAAACCAAUUCAUGAGACAAAAUUAUCUUCAAAAAUACUUAAGAGCUAUAUUUUUUCUGGAAAUUUAAUUAUUAUUGGACUUUGUCCAUGGGGAUGGGAAUAUAUUAGUGGUGGAAGAUUAAAUUCUCAUUCAAUUUCGAAUGGAAUAAAUAAAGAGAUGGGAAUGAUUUUUACUAACGAAUACUUUUGUAAUGAAGAAAAUUAUAUCAAUAUCCAAAACUCGUCAAAUUGCCUUUUAAGUUCAUUUUAUUAUUGGAAAGAGUUAAUAAAUUCAAUUAAUAAGGGAAUAAAGAAUGAAUUGAAUAUUGAUGAGUACUUUCUAAUGACAAAAGAUAUUGAAUGCCAUCUAAAUAUGGAUUUAAAAACAACUGAGCAAAAUAAAAUUCUAAAUUUAAUAGUUGAGUUAUUAAAAAAAAAAACUUAUUUAAAAUUAAGACCUCCUUUUAAUAUGGAGGAAGGAAUAAAUAUUUUGAAUAUGGCAAUUGCUUGUUCAAGAUUAAUCGAAAAUAAACUAGAUGUAAUUGGCGAUUUUCAAAACAAGAAGUACUCUUUUGAUGAUUUUGAUGAUUGGAUAAAUGCGAAUCAAUUUUGGAAAUUAGAAGAUAAUAUAUCAGACUUAUAUUUGAGUGAAACUUACAAAGAACUGAAUUUGUCAACAAAUGAGUUAUGUUGCCCAGUUUACGAUAUCCCUUUUGAGUGGCAAAACACAGGAGUUUAUAUUAAGUACAGGAAACCUUUAAAAGUUGAAUUUAUUUCUGGGAACAAAUACUGCUCAUUUCCAUUUAAAUCAAAGAUACAUAUUGGUAGCCACAGUGAUUUUCUUAGAUAUAAGGAAAAAAAAAUAUUAAGGAGAAUUCCAUUGAUUAAUAAAAUUUAUAAUUGGAACAUUCUAGAAUCGAGUUGUAUUACUAUUGAUUCCCCAUGUGAAGGAAUUGUAUAUUUUGAGUAUAUUCCAAAUAUUGAACUCUCAAGUACCAUUGAACCAUUAACGAAAUUGAAUAAAGACCAAUCUUACAAUAAUAUAAUAGGGAUGAUUAAGUUUAUAACACUAAAUGAAGACGAAGUAGAACUAACUCCCAUUUACACAAUAGAUAAGUUGAAGAUUAAUACUUGCCUAGGAGAUAAUAGAAGAGUAAUCACUGAUAUAAACGUAUGGACAAGGAUUUUUUCAAAGGAAAACAAAAAAUUUUCGAAUUUAUUACCUGCUUGGAUAGAAUUACAUGGAAAGAAAAUAAUUCUUACAAUUCCAAGCAGGGUUUUGUAUAGGAUAAAUUGUUUUAUGGUUGAUGAUUUACUUGAGUUUUGGGAUAGGGUUGUUGACACUCAAAAUGAACUUUAUUAUAAUUACAAAUGGACCAAGGAAAGAAUUGUAUGUGAUACACAGAUUUCGGAUGGAUAUAUGCAUAGUGGUUAUCCAAUAUUGACACACUUAGACAUAGUUGAAGAGCACUUGGAAACUGGCGGAUUAUUAGAUUUGAAAACUUUGAAAAAAGAAGGGAAUUGGGGAAUAUAUCAUGAAUUAGGUCAUAAUAGACAAUCUGAUUAUUGGACAUUCAACGGAACAGAAGAAGUUACUGUUAACUUAUUUACAAUGUAUUCGUACUAUAAAUUACAUCCUAAUUUGUAUCCUUUUAACAUUAGUUAUGUCAUAGACCAAAUCAGUCUUGGAAUAGAAUAUCUGCUUGAAAUAAAUUCCGAAAAAGAAGUCCCUGAAAAUAUGGAGCUGAUUUUUAGAGAAAAAUGGAUGACAAAUCACGGGAUCGCAUUCUGCAAUUAUUUAAUUUUGAUAAUUUUAUUUGGGUGGGAUACAUUUAAAACGGUUUUCCAAGUAUAUGAUAGAUUGUUAGAGAUUGACAAGGAAAUAAUUCAAACACAAAAUAACGAACAAAAAAUGGCUACUUGGAUAAUUAUUUUCUCUUCAGUAGUAGGAGUUAAUUUAAAGGACUUUUUUUUUCAGUGGGGAUGGUGGUUUUGCAUGGAAAGCGCCAAAUCAGAAAUUGACAUUCAAACACUGUGUGUAAGAAUACAAAAUCACUUAAUGAAUAUAAAAAAAAUUUACGUGAAAAGUGAGGUCUCAAAAGACGAUAUUAUACUGGGAUACGAGGAUUUGGCUUUGAUUAAUGGCUGGGAAAGUUGGAGGAUUGACUCACUUGAAGCAUUACUAGAUAUUCAAUACUAA